UGGCUGUUUCAUGCUGAAAACUGUGCACAGACCCCUGUUGUUUAGAAGCAGCUUGUCACUGCAAAUCAGCUUAGUGAACCAAUUAAUAAAUUCCUUCAAAACACAUUGCAGUCAUUCUACUUAGCAGGCUUUUUCUAUUUUCUAUUAACCUGUAAAGUCCUCGUCCUGCUCUAGCAAGCCUGUGAUAAUAUACACGUUGUGGAUGUUUAUUUUUGGUGCUGCAAAAGAGAAAGCAUGAUGUGGAAUUGGAAGAAGCAUCCCUUUUGGAUAAUAGCCUUUUUCUCAGCCUUUGGUGUAAUCUUCAUGAAAGAGCACGCUGAAUCCCGCCAUGAGGAAACCAACCAGACCCACAGCCAUAGACUGCUACAAACUCUUCAAAGUUUUUUGCCUGGGAAUGAAACUGAACUCCGCAGGAAUAGCUCUAAAGAGGCUUUAACGUUGUUGCUGGAAAAAGUUGAAUGCCCUGGUAAUUUAUAUGGCAGACAACAAACUUGUAAUCGGUGCCUUCAAGCAGAAACAAUUCUUUCAAUGGUUGGGAAGGAACCUGGCGAUAAGCUAAAUGAGGACACCAUGAAGAAAAUAUCAGUGAUUCUCCUGUAUUAUAUAUUGAAUCAAGAAGAUUUCUGCUCAUCUCGAGCUGGGGUCAUUAACAUGGACUACCUUUUCUACCGCAACAAUCUACUAAACCUACACAAGGACGAAGAUUGCCAUUACCUGUCCUCUAAUGAACUGGAGGACAUUCUGCUUGCAACAAAGCAACAUUUCCAGAUAUCUGAUGGACAAGGGUGUACAGAUGUGGACUCCCUGGAGAAAGACUUUGGAUCAUUACACAGUAUUGAUGAACUGACUCUUCCCAGACUGGCUGAAGUGAUUGUGACAGCAUCCAUCCAACGUAUCUGUAUCAGAAAAUAUUCACUUCCCUCUCCAGACAUCUUUACUGAGACCAUCUUCAAGUCUUUAAACAGAACUAAUGAGCUGUUUGCUCCAGAUAUUGAUGAACUUAUUGGGAGGCUGAAAGGAGUGAUGUCAUGCAUCAAACACACAGACCACAACCAUAGGAGGAAAAUGAGAAGCCUUGUAAUACCUGGGACAAAUCAUGAACCCUUACCUGUCCCGUCAGUGGAAAGAAGUGACGAACCUAAAGACGGCCAUCAUAAUAUCCCCGAGUCGCGAGGUGACUCGGCUGGGUGGAAUCAGGGUCAGUUUUGCUUUUCUUCCUAUGAACUGGUGAAGAUCAUCUUACAAAACAGCCAGUCUCCAAUUUCCCGGGAUCACUUUAAACUGAUCAGCCCAGCAAUUAUCCAUCAACUUCUCUCUUGCACGUGCCCAGUUGAAGACAAUACGAGCACUCAGCUCCCUCCUCCAACCACUCUAGAAAGAUAUGGCUAUAGCACAAUUGCAGUGUUGCUUCUGACAGUCGGGUCCAUGUUUGGCGCCACUCUUAUCAUCUUCAGUUCUUGUGAGGAGAGCUACAAACUCAUCCUGCAGUUGUUCGUGGGAUUGGCGGUCGGAACGCUGUCUGGUGAUGCUCUGCUGCAUCUCAUUCCCCAGGUUCUGGGUAUCCAUGACAACAUGUCCCAUGAUCACCAUGGAAAGAGUGAAGAACCUUACUUAGAGGAGAAACAGUACCUGUGGAAGAUAAUGGGAAUGAUUGCCGGCAUUCAUGGAUUUUUCCUCAUUAAUAAGCUCUGCUUUCUCUUUGUUUCAUCUACCAGACAGGGUCUGUCUUUGGUCAAUGGGCACCUGACGCAUUCCCAUGAUCUUCCAUUGGAAUCCUAUUUGAAUGAUCCAUCAAGAAAAGCCAAAUCUACUUCAACGAUUCAACUGAGAAUUCCUGAAGAUUGUGAGCCAACAGAGGGCACUGUAGCAGAAAUUCCACCUAUAAGUCUAAGAGUGAGAGAGAAACAUAAAGGAAUCACUCUAUUAGCAAUUAUGAUUUUGGUUGGAGACAGUUUACAUAACUUUGCAGACGGGAUGGUUAUCGGAUCAGCUUUUUCCUCCUCCACUGAAACUGGUGUAGCAACAACAAUUGCCAUUCUUUGUCAUGAGAUCCCCCAUGAAAUGGGUGAUUUUGCAGUAUUGCUGAACACGGGACUUACCGCGAAGAUUGCCUUUCUAAUGAACUUUAUCAGUGCUUUGACAGCCUUUGCCGGCCUAUACAUUGGCCUUUCGGUGUCCACCAAUCCUGACGUGCAGAUCUGGAUAUUUGCGGUCACUGCAGGAAUGUUCCUCUAUUUGUCUCUAGUAGAAAUGUUGCCUGAAAUGACUCAUAUACAUACACAACGGCCCUGGCUAAUGUUCUUCCUGCAGAAUCUUGGCCUGCUGAUUGGAUGGCUUUGUCUGCUGCUGUUAGCAAUAUACGAACAUAAAAUUAAACUAUAACACCGGCCCCCCUAUGCCGAGGACCCGCUGGUAUUUUUAUUACAAUUCUGAUUUUCUUUUCUUUUUUUUUUUAGAUUCACAGCUGUACCUGUUAUUUCCCAAUCCUGAACAUGUAGGACAGGAACAGACCUGUAAUAUUUGUUUAAAAAAUAACACCUUCCCAUCCACUGCGACC